AUGGAUUCCAAUCUCGAGAUCCCGGUGGGGCUAGCCGAUGUUCCUGUCUCCAUCGGAUGCAAGGACUGCACCACAACAGGACUCCUAGAGCUUAGGCAGGGAGAGUUCGAGCUCGGAAACUUCGAUCUGCCCGACAACGAAACUGAUUCCGCUUCGUUGCUGGAGUCGGGGUCGAUUGAGCUCCGACUUCUUGGGUUCGGUGCGCAUAUUGAACUGCAAGGAGAGAUCGGAGCUAAUGGAGCGAUUCCUUUUACUCUGUUUAAAUAUCCCGUCUUCGGGUUUAACAUACCGGGUUUGGGUGUUGCUGGACUGACCGUGGCCCCCGAGCUAAUUGUAAGCUGGGAGACUGAGCUGAGCCUGAAUUUUUCCUUCGGAUUUGACGUUAGAGCGCCCUAUGACUCCGGGGUCUUCAUUGACCUGGCGAAUCUGACCAAUUCAUCCAGCGUCGGAUUAAGUGACGUGACCGUCGACGCCCUCCCCUUCACCUCCAACCUUACCACCGGCAGCGACUUCAGCCUCCAACUCUCCUUCAAGCCCAAAAUCGACCUCGGCUUCCAGCUCCUCCAAAACCGCAUCAAGGCCGUCCUCUCCCUCGGCCUCGACCUCCCCGCCUUCAACGCCUCCUUCUCCUCCCGCUCCACCGCCGCCUUCGACGCCUCUUGCGCACCGCUAGCCGCGCCCCGACUCCUCGGCACACAGACGCAGACGCUCGACGCGAACGAUUCGGCGAACAUCCCGGAUCUCGUGGCAGGAAUCGUGGGAAAUAUGACGCAUAUCGCGCCAUCAUUCGAGUCGGAGCUGGAGCUGGCGUUUGCCUUAGGGGCGAGCAUCGGCGUGCGGCAGCUGCCGGAGUUCAAUACGGCCGUGUCGCUGUUUGAUACGGCCGUGCCGCUGCCGACGCGGUGUCUUGCAUUCGAUACGGAGGUGGGGGCGCUGAUUGCAGCGACGAGCGUGGCUGCGAAGGCGGAAGAGUCGAUCGUGGCAAGUGUUAGUGCGGCGGCUGUGGCGGCUGCGUCGAAGAGUGCGAGCGCGACGGGAGCGGCUAGGAGGCAGAUGAUGGGAGUUAGCGGGUGGCAUUAUUUUUUGAUCGUCAUCGGGGUCCUCUGUGCCCUGGGAUGAGGUUUUAAGAUGGAGUUUUGGUCGGAAGCUCGUUAAUGAUGCCAGGGACUGAUUUUCGACCAUUUCUCAGUUAAGAUAUGGAUGCCCGCUAUUGCAAGCACGCGAAUCAGUAUAUAUCCCAGUUCACGUUAUUUGGUUACAGCCGAGGGUUAGUGUUUGUCGUGUCUCACGAGUCCUGUUCCAAUUCUCUAUAGUAUAUUUUCAACUUAUGAUAGGUAG